UCAUUCCACUGCAAUGGAGGAAAACCGUGCAAAUGUCGGAAAACCUUCUACACGCCAUAGGAAGAGAUAAGGCCCUAUACCAGUUACGUAUUUUUGCAUUCCCAACCAUUAAACUUGGACUCAUUAUCGAUGUUUAAGAUGGCGUCUGGAGAUGAGUGCUUUAUCGAAAAAUGGGGAGUAAAUAAAUAUAGAUGCCGCGUUGUGAUAUUAACUCAGUGCCCAUGAUUAAUUAGUGCGAAUAGUGAUUUUGUGUUUUGCAAAUCUUAAGUGAAUUUAUUCAAUGAGUGAUUUAGUGGAUUCCUGACAAUGAAUCGUAAUUUGAGAAAUUAUAAAGGAAAUCCCAAUCCUGUUGUUGGUGCAAACGUUUUUUCGCAAUGGUCAUUCUGGUGGAUGAAAGAUCUCUUUCGGAAAGGAUACCGACAACCGCUCACAGAAGAUGAUAUCUAUGAAAAUAAACCGACGCUCAACAGUCAACGUCUGACCAACAAACUUCUCAAAUUAUGGAAUCAUGAACUUACAACCAACAAGAAUCCAAACAUCCUGCGAGUGCUAUUCCGGGCAUAUGGGAUGCUAUCAAUAUCUGCUGCAUUUUUUUACUGCUUGCUCGAAACAGGAUCCAAAGUCGCACAAAUUUUCAGUCUCGGUGGCCUUGUUUCUUACUUUACGCCCGGUCAAACGGAUAUAAGUAGGGACAUGGCGUGGCUGUAUGCAGCUGGAAUUGUUGUUCCAGUACUACUCAAAGUGAUAGUGUUCCAUCCUUAUAUGCUGUAUUCCUUUUUCCUUGGUACGAAGAUGAGACUGGGAUGUGCCGGGCUGGUUUAUCGCAAAAUACUGAGGCUAUCGAAGACUGCGACGAACGACGGAUUGAGCGGAAGGGCGAUUAAUAUUCUCUCCAACGAUUUGGGGAUGUUCGAUCCGGCGUUGACUUUCAUUCACGAUUUGUAUCGGGGACCCAUCGAAGCGUUACUUUUCGGAUAUUUGAUGUAUCUGGAGAUAGGACUGUCUGCAGUUAUUGGCAUUGGCUUUAUGCUGCUUUUCCUUCCUGUUCAAACGUUAGCUGCAAAAAAGACGGCAACCUUCAGAGAACGAGCUACAGCCCGAACUGAUGUACGAGUGAAGCUUAUGAAUGAGAUAAUUCAGGGAAUUCAAGUCAUCAAGAUGUACGCAUGGGAGAAGUCCUUCGCUGCAGUCAUAGCUAAAAUAAGAGCAUCUGAACUGUCGGCUAUAAAAGGAGGAAUUUACAUACAAGCAGCUUUGAACUCCAUAUACAUGAUUUCUGGAAUAUCAGUUUUUUUGAGUUUAGUUUCCUAUGUCCUUUUCGGGAAUGCGCUGACUGCAAAGAAAGUUUUCACAGUUUCGACUUUCUUCAACGCUUUAAGCGAUUCAUUUGUUCAGUAUUGGCCAAUGGCCAUGACUUUCGGGGCUCAAGCUUACGUCUCAGCGAAAAGAGUUGGAGAAUUUCUACUUCAAGAUGAGGAAGUUAAUUCCGAGAAAUCUGGAAAAGGUAUACCUAGAAGGAUACAUAAUGGAGAUAGUGAUAAAAAGUCCGUAAUAUUUGAAAAAGCAACAGCAUACUGGAAUUCCAAGGAUUCGAAAGAAAGUAUAGCUAUAAAGAACUUUAGCUUUGAAGUUAACCCAGGGGAGUUAAUGGCAGUAGUUGGCCCUGUAGGAGCCGGCAAAUCAUCACUCUUAAACGUGAUCUUGGGAGAACUAGAUCUUCAAUACGGAACAGCGCUCAUAAACGGGAGAAUCAGUUAUGCUUGUCAAGAAAAUUGGGUAUUUGAAGGUACAAUCCAGGAUAACAUUGUCUUCAUUGAGGACUUCGAUCAAGCUCGAUACAAUCAAGUUGUAGAAGUGUGUGCUUUGAAAACUGAUUUCAAGUUGCUCCCCUACGGUGACCAAACUAUAGUGGGUGAACGAGGAAUAAGUCUUAGUGGUGGACAGAAAGCUCGAGUCAAUCUUGCUAGAGCUAUUUACAAGAAGGCCGACAUUUACCUUUUGGAUGAUCCCCUCUCAGCAGUCGAUACUCAUGUUGGCCAUCACAUUUUUGAACAAUGUAUCAAAGAAUAUCUAAAGGAUAAAAUCUGUAUUCUGGUCACCCAUCAGCUUCAAUUUCUUAAGGACGUUGAACAUGUACUUCUGAUAAACGCUGGUGAAAUUCAAGCGCAGGGGAGUUUUAGCAAGUUGCAAAAUAUGGAAAGUAUCAAAUUCCUAGGAGAGACUCACGAUGAGGAAGAAGAUGAGGAGGAAAAGCCAGAUAAAAUAAAAGGAGAAGCGAGUGAAGGUGAAGCGUUGAUUGAAAAGUCUGAAAAGGAUAACAGUGAUGAACGAAAAGAGCAACAGGCAGAGGGAGCAGUGGGGUUUGGAGUCUAUAAGUCAUAUUUUGGAGCAAUGGACGGCUGCUUUAUAUUGUUGAUAAUUUUUUCACUGUUCAUUGCUGCUAGGACUACGCUUACGGGAGUGGAUUACUUCUUAUCAAGAUGGGUGAAUUGGGAACAGGACAUCUCUCUGGGGAACACUACUUCAACGCAGAACGGUGCCGAAGUUCAAAUAAGCGAUGGUUUUCAAGAGCAGCGGAAAGCAUUUGUGACCACGUAUUCAAUAUUAUUGGCAGCGGCAUUUGUGCUGUUCCUGUCAAGGACUUACGGAUUUUUCAUGAUGUGCCUCCGUAUAUCAUUGAAACUACAUGAUAGGCUUUUCCGGAGCAUCACUAGAGCCACAAUGCAGUUCUUCAACACAAACUCAUCAGGGAGAAUUUUGAACCGGUUUUCAAGGGAUAUUUUUGCGAUUGACAGUAGUCUUCCAAAUUCGAUGCUUAUUUGUAUUGGGUUCUUCAUGGACAUGACCGCUAUAAUGGUAAUUGUCGCUAUUGCCAACUAUUGGCUGUUGAUUCCUGCGCUAAUUAUCCUUGUAAUUUUCUACAUUAUACGUGGCAUUUAUGUACGCACAAGUCGAAGCUUGAAGCGAGUAGAGUCCUUGACACGCAGUCCGCUCUAUUCGCAUACCAAUCAGACGUUUCAAGGACUCACUACAAUUCGGGCAUUCUGCGCUGAGGAUGUCCUCGAAAAAGAGUUUCAUGCUCUCGAAAACAUAAAUACUUCGGCUUGGUAUGUGUUCUCAGCCGCAAACCGGGCUUUGGCUCUUUGGCUGGAUGUCGUCUGCAUCCUGUACAUUGCCGCUGUGACGUUUAGUUUCCUUCUGAUGGAAAACCAAUUCCAGAGUGGAGAUGUAGGAUUGGCCAUCAUGAAUUGCAUUAACAUGGUUGGGUUGUGUCAGUGGGGAAUGCGUCAGACUGCCGAGGUGGAAAAUCAAAUGACAUCCGUGGAGCGAGUAGUGGAGUAUACGCGAGUUCAGCCAGAGGCUGCUCUUGAAACGGCAGAAGCAUAUAAACCAGGAAAAGACUGGCCGGAAAAUGGUUCGAUACGUUUCAUUGACGUUAGCAUGAAGUACGCAGAGAACAAAGACUACAUCCUGAAAAACUUGAAUUUUGCAAUAGAGGCCGGAGAAAAAGUGGGAAUUGUUGGCAGAACAGGAGCCGGCAAAUCGUCAAUUAUUCAAGCAAUAUUCCGCCUGGCAAUCAAUGAAGGUGUAAUCGAAAUUGACGAUAUUGACACUAAUAAUUUGGGCUUGCAUGAUCUUCGAAGCAACAUUUCGAUCAUUCCGCAAGAUCCUGUGUUGUUUUCGGGUACCCUGCGUUACAAUUUGGAUCCAUUUGAGACAGCGACCGACGAGGCGAUUUGGAAGGCUUUAGACGAUGUGGAGCUCAAAGAAUUCGUUUCAAACCUAUCUGGCGGCUUGGAAUGUGUUAUGUCUGACGGAGGUUCCAACUUCAGCAUGGGACAAAGGCAGCUUGUUUGCUUAGCACGUGCAAUUUUAAGAAAUAACAAGAUUUUGAUAUUGGAUGAAGCAACAGCUAAUGUUGACCCAGAGACUGACCAGCUAAUUCAGCACACGAUUCGUACGAAAUUUGCAAAUUGCACAGUGUUGACUAUAGCCCAUCGUCUGCACACUGUUAUGGACAGUGACAGAAUUCUUGUGAUGGAUAACGGACGUGCUGUGGAGAUAGGUCAUCCAUAUAAUUUGCUGAGCCAAAGUUCCGGUUACCUGAAGAACUUAGUGGACAGAACGGGACCUGCUAUGGCAGCGGUGUUAAUGGACGUUGCCAAGGGUAGCUAUGAUGAAAAGUUCAAAAGCUACGAUUUUUCAUGACUGUGAUGGAUUAUAGCUAAUAAGUUUUUAAAUUUAAUUUAUUUUAGUUUUAAUGUAAAUAAAUAAUAGAAGGUUUAAUUUUU